AUGUAUCGGAUCCCGAAUCGCCUGGUCGAAUCAGUGCCGCGACCCUCCUCUGGAAACUCAGACAAAGAUCUAGCCAGACGCAUCGAGCGCAUCGAGCUUGCUCUCGAUGCUGCUCAGAAGAACUUGGCAGCGAGAAUACUCGAGUCAAGGGAGGCUGAUGGUUCGGAGACCACCUCACCCAGCGCCUCGUCGUAUCAUCCGAACGGCCAGACAGGGGACUCGGCCACCGCGAGCAACAAUGCUACCACCCCCGACGGUCAUAAGAACACUGGCGAAGGCUUAUCGCCUGCCACGACAGCAAGAAAAGCACGCUCUGCCGGCCGGCCAAAGAGCAGCAACUUUGGUACCCUUCACUUUGCUGGCUUUCACGUAGGAGAAAUUAGCUCCUGCAAUGGCAUCCCCUUCUUUUCUCCCAACGGCCAAAACUGGAUCCGAUCUCGCACGGGUCAAGACCCUACCUUUGAGAAGCUGCUCGCUACUGGCCCCCCUUGGCACAGCACCAAGGAGAACCACGCUCCCUUGAGGCCCGACGAUAAUGUCUGUGCAACGACUUGGGAGUUGCCGGAUAAGGCGCUCGUCGAGAGCUGCGUUCGUGCGUACUGCUCUUCCUCAUUCGGCCAUGCUUUCCCUAUUGUUGAGCCUGAGGAAUUCCAGACCACCCUCGACCUUGCAUACGAAGACGAGGGCAGUCCUCUGACUAUAGAAGCAACCAGCGCCAAGGCAUGUCUGUUUGCUUUCAUGACAUAUGUUCACCAUAGCCGCAUGGAGCAUGUUGGCGAGAUUGGUAUUGACGGCCAGUUAUACAUGAGUAAAGCCUGGCAGCUCAUUCCUCAGAUCAUGCACCAGGUGGAUGUGCCGAGCUUUCAGACCCUGUUCAUGCUUUGCAUGUCUAGCAUGUUUAUGGGCGACUUUCAACGAGGUUCCGUCGUCCAUGCUCUCGCAUGCCGUGUACUAUUUAUGCUCGGUGGUCAUGCGCAGCCCAGCCAACGCUCAACAACCAACAAUGCGGUCUAUCGAGCGGAACGCAACAAAUGGCUUGAAAGCCAUCUCAGGCAGAUGUUUUGGAUGACGUACACCCUUGACAAAGAGGUUUCUGUUCGCACAGGACUGCCUCCGUCGAUUGAGGAUGAUUACUGCGAUCUCACCCUUCCACAGGCCCAUCGAGAUCCACAGCUCAUGGUCAGAGAGGGUGCCGGAUCCCUCAGUGACACGAACUCUACCCGGCGUGCCUGGCUGGGAACGUUCCCCACUACACUGCCGGGUGAUCUAACUCUGACCAUCAUCAAGUCAAAAACCUACAGAGCAUUAUACUCAACGGCGGCCCUUCGAAAGUCAGAUGCUGAGCUUCUCCGCGACAUUCGCGAGCUUGACGAAGAGCUGGAGAGGUGGCGGUGUUCUGUUCCACAACCCUUCCGACCGGCUCUUGCCUUCUCCGAAGACGCAGCCUCCUCCAUUGACAAGGAUAUGGACCGCCACAUCAUAAUGAAGAAAAGCAUCAUCCACUUCGAGUAUCAUUACCUGUCAGCCGCCAUUCAUCGGGCAAGUGGGCGAUGUUCUGUUUGGGCAGGAGGGGAGGGAGUCAGUUCGAGUGUCGCCAUCACCGUGCAAGCCAGCCGCUCGACACUAAUCUAUCUCCGCGCUGCGGCUGAUGGCAUUACCGAGACUGCCUUUUGGCUCGUCGUCUUCUAUCCCAUGUCGGCAACGCUAACACUGUUCUGUAACAUACUACUCGAUCCAUGCGACGCCCAAGCCGAAGACGAUUUAGAUCUAUUAUGCACAAUACCGAGCCUCAUCAUGAGCAUCAAAAAGAGCCCUCUGACAGCUAAAGAACAAGCCUAUUUCCAGGAGGUGAAUGAAUUCUUUGCGGAAUUGACGCGCCUUGCGAGAUGCGCCAUUGACCGCAUCAGCCCCAUGCGGGACACAGAAGCUGCUAUGGAGCUUGAUUAGAUGUAUUUGUGGCAAUUCAAUGUGACGAUACGCGCGUUGACGUUCCGACUAGAGACCUACGGUCUGGUUACACUGGCGUUCAGAGAGGGGUGGAAACCAGGAUGUAGUUGUUAUAUCUGAUAGAUGGCCUUGACGAGAACUAUGCUUUCGUGCCGAAA